UCACACAGUCACACACACAGUUUCCUCUCCCAUCAUUAUGCCACCGUUUUCACUCCAACACCAAAUCAAGAACAAUAUUUAAUUUUAUCCCCCUGAAAAACAAGAAACAUUUUUAUUGAUAAUUGAUAUUUUUUCAAUUUCAUAAAUUAUAUAAUACUGGGAAAGUUUCUCCUCAUUAAUUUCUAACUAAUUUCCCUCGUGAAAUUCAACGCUCUCUCACCCACUUUUCUCUCCCUAGAUUUCCCUUGGUUUCUGUCUCCCCCAAUUCUUUAAUUAGCCGAUAUUGCCAGUUUCUCAAAAAUUCCUCACACUCAAAUCACUCAAUCUGUGUAAAGACUCAAAUCUUUAAUGAACCCACAAAAUAUAUGUAUGCAUAUUACAUAUAUAGGUUGUAAAUAAUCAAGUUAAUUCUUGGGGUGUGAUUUGGGGUUGAGGAAAAAUUGCCACCAUUGCAGGGGCAGAUGAUACAGAGGACAAGAAGGUUACAAGUUUGGUUCAUUAGGGUCUGUUCUGGCAUUUUAGUGUGGGCAUGUUUGCUUCAGCUUGUCUCCGUUGGGGAGCUUUGGCAUCCCCGCUUGCUUACCGGAUUAGCUGGCUCGACGAGAAUGUGGGUUCGUGUUGAAGACCCGUUGCCGCCUUCGCCCCCACCCCUUGUUCCUGCCAGGGAAUACACAAGUAAUGGUUUUCUCAAAGUCUCUUGCAAUGGUGGCUUGAAUCAAAUGCGUGCUGCGAUUUGUGACAUGGUGACAAUUGCUCGGCUUUUGAAUCUUACUUUGGUUGUUCCAGAGCUUGAUAAGACUUCUUUCUGGGCUGAUCAUAGCAAUUUUGAGGAUAUUUUUGAUGUGAGACAUUUCAUUGAUUCAUUAAGAGAUGAGGUUCGUAUUAUUAAGAGGUUGCCAAAGAGGUUUAGCCAGAGAUAUCAAUAUCAACCACUUGUAAUGUCUCCUGUUAGCUGGUCGAAUGAGAAAUACUACUUACAACAGAUUUUGCCUCUCUUCAGCAAGCAUAAGGUGAUUCACUUCAACAAAACAGAUGCACGACUUGCAAACAAUGGGAUCCCUAUUGAACUUCAGAGACUCAGAUGUCGUGUCAAUUUCCAGGAACUAAAAUUUACACGUGAGAUUGAGGCUCUAGGAAACAAGUUGGUUCAUAUUAUUCAAGAGAAGGGUCCAUAUUUAGCAUUGCAUCUAAGAUAUGAGAUGGACAUGUUAGCUUUCUCAGGUUGUACUCGUGGCUGCACCGAAGAGGAAGCUGAGGAACUCAAACGGUUAAGGUAUGCAUUCCCUUGGUGGAGGGAGAAAGAGAUAGUAUCAGAACAGAGGAGAUCUCAAGGCUUAUGUCCUCUUACCCCUGAGGAAACGGCUUUGAUUCUGCAGGCAUUGGGUUUUGUUAACACGACACAGAUCUAUAUUGCAUCGGGUGAAAUCUUUGGCACUGAACGGAGACUUGCAGCUCUAAGGGCCACCUUCCCAAGGAUUGUGAAAAAGGAAAUGCUGCUAGGUCCAGAAGAUAUACGGCUGUUCCGGAAUCAUUCAUCACAAAUGGCGGCCUUGGAUUUUAUGGUUUCUGUUGCCAGUAAUACUUUUAUUCCAACUUAUGAUGGGAACAUGGCAAGAGUCGUGGAAGGUCAUCGUAGGUACCUUGGAUUUAAAAAAACCAUCCAUUUGGAUCGGAAAAGGCUUGUAGAAUUGUUGGAUUUACAUCAGAAUGGGACUCUUUCCUGGAAUGAGUUUUCAGUUGCAGUGCGACAGGUACAUGAGAGAAAAAUGGGACAGCCGGCUCGGCGUAGGAUUGCUGACAAGCCUAAAGAAGAAGAUUAUUUCUAUGCAAAUCCUCGAGAGUGCUUCUGCAAGAGCACAAGUUGUGACGACUUACUAGGCCCUGGUAAUACGACUACAGUAGAGCCUGAUAUGCCCCCCAAAAAUGGGUUUAAUGUAGACGUUUAGAUUCCACAUCUCGAUGAUACACACAGACACACAGUGAUGAAGCGAAAGAAAUCAUGCCAUGUUGAAAAGCUUUGCAGGAAACCCCAAAAUUUCAUCUGAAGUUGAAACAUAUGAAUAUGUGAUCUUCACAGGAAUGUUCUGUAUGAAACAGCGGGAAAACAAAUGAAAGAAACGAGGAAAUUCAACUUAGAAGUUCCCCUUUUUGCCAUUUAAUGUCUUCAUUCAUAUUUGUUCAUAUGUAUUUGUUUUCUUCUGUUGUUUGAAAGUUUUUUCCUGUAUUGUCACUUGAUAUCACAAUUAUUUACAAGGAAAUUGCUUCAUUGUUUCCAUCAUGAAAAGUUGUUAGAUUUGCUCAAGAUUUACCCUUAUCCAAUUGUAAAAAGUUCACAUGAUGAAGAAAUAAAUUCUCUCUACCUAGAGGGAAAGGGUUGAAUUUCAUUCUUUGAAUGAAUUGAUA